AAAAAACAUACCCAAACACUUGCAAAGAUCAAAAUGUAUUCAACCAUGGCUCCUUUCGGUUUGUCAACAACAGUGAUUUUUUCAUUUCUUGUUCUAACAUUAUUGUCUGCAAAUAGCCACACAAUGGUUGUCGGAACCCGCAAUCUUUUAGAACCAACAUUAUCUAAGCCAGAAGUGCCACAACUUCCCAAAGUUCCUGAGUUACCUAAGGUUCCAGAAAUACCCAAAGAGUUACCAGAAUUAUUCAAAGUUCCUGAGUUACCAAAAGUUCCAGAAUUACCCAAAGUUCCUGAGGAGUUACCAAAAGUUCCAGAAUUACCCAAAGUUUCUGAAUUACCUAAGAUUCCAGAAUUACUCAAAGUUCCUGAAUUACCCAAGAUUCCAGAAAUACCCAAAGUUUCCGAGUUACCUAAGGUUUCAGAAAUACCCAAAGUUCAUGAGUUACCUAAGGUUCCAGAAAUACCAAAACUUGAAGCACCUAAAGUUCUAGAAUUGCCUAAAUUACCUGAGAUACCUAAGAUUCCUGAAUUUACUAAAGCAUUUCCAGCUACCCAUCCUUGAGCUUGAAUUCUGGGUUUUGCAGUCUUGAGCUACAUUCCAAUGCCCAGUUCAUGUUGUUUGAUGAAUGUGAGAUUAUUUUUUGCAACAACUUGAGUUGUUGAAUUGGUUUACUUGUAUUUUGAAUCAUACUAGAAGUUAUGUUCAGUUUUAAAGUUGUUUAAAUCCUUUAUGUAUCAGUUGCUAUGAAUUCAAUAAGAUUGUAGUAUUUAAAAUCUGAGUA